AUGCCUCAGAAUGAGUACAUCGAACGCUGGCAGAAACAGCACGGCAAGCGACUCGACCACGAUGAGCGAGUACGAAAACGAGAGGCCCGUGAAGGGCACGCCAUGUCCGAGAAGGCGCAGAACCUGCGCGGCCUGCGGGCGAAGUUGCACCAGAAGAAGCGACACGCGGAGAAGAUCCAGAUGAGAAAGGCCAUCAAGGCGCAGGAGGAGCGAGACGUCAAGUCGGCGGCACCUAACGAACCCUCAUCGACCCCUCUGCCCGGUUACCUGCUCGACCGAUCCCAAGCCAACCAGGCCAAGGCACUGUCCAGCGCGAUCAAGAACAAACGGGCCGAGAAGGCGGCCAAGUUCUCGGUGCCGCUGCCCAAGGUCAAGGGCAUCAGCGAGGAGGAGAUGUUCAAGGUGGUCAAGACGGGAAAGAAGACGGCCAAGAAGAGCUGGAAGAGGAUGAUCACGCAGCCGACCUUUGUCGGGCCCGAUUUCACCAGACGGCCCGUCAAAUACGAGCGCUUCAUUCGCCCCAUGGGUCUCCGGUACAAAAAGGCCAAUGUCACACAUCCCGAGUUGGGCGUCACGGUGCAGUUACCCAUAAUCAGCGUCAAGAAGAACCCGCAAAACCCACUCUACACGCAGUUGGGCGUGCUGACCAAGGGCACCGUUAUUGAGGUCAACGUGUCGGAGCUGGGACUGGUCACAACCGGCGGCAAAGUGGUGUGGGGGAAGUACGCGCAGGUCACGAACGAUCCUAGCCGUGACGGAUGUUUGAAUGCAGUUCUUUUGGUCUGA